AUGGUAGAAUCUAUCCUACGUGGGGGCUCUAAGAACGCCGCAGAUUCGGAUGUCUACGCGUUGCAUGAGGAGCAUUCAAUAACGCCACUACGAAGUGUAAAGAGGAAGAAAGGUCAGAGGGUGUAUGUGUUGGUACCACCGCCUUCUCCUGACCUCAGGAGGGCUAUCAAGAAACGAAAGCUGGAGGAUAGCGGCGUAGUAUCUGGCUCAGAGGAAGAGGAAGAGUCCAAAUACAAUGAUUUCGAGCAAGCUCUCAUCGCGGACUGCAGAGUUCGAAUGGUUGAGAGACCCUGCCAAUGGAGAGGAUGUGAUGCUCUGAUGAAUAGUGGAGAGAAUCUUUAUUUGCAUCUCAAAUCGCACGCGCAAGAGGCUAGCUCUCAGGGACCCUUUAUAUGCCGCUGGCAGUCAUGUCCUCGGAGAUUCAAGUCGGCAGCAACUUUGGAGAAACACCUACAGAAACAUUCGUACUUCCCUCUCCCAUGUUCUCUUGCAAAUUGUUCAGAUAUCUUCGAUAAACCAGUUGAGGCGAUGGAGCAUGAAGUGCGGCACCAGCAACGAGAAUCAAACAAGAAGUUUGAGAUGAAACAACCUCCAAACCCUCACGUGCCAAAAAUACCACCCAAACUAGAUCCUCCUCCCGCCAGUCUUCCAUCGUAUCGCGUGGAACCGAGGUACAUUCGCCAAGCUCACAUCCCACCUCAACGUCAUGCUGUGAUUGGGCCCUGGGUUCUUCAACACAUAUUUAGCCCCGUGGAACAAAACCUGAGAAAGCAGAACGCGCCUAUGCGACUCCGGUACCCGCGUCAGGACGCUCGUCCCGAGAACCUGGAAAACUUGAGGGCAAGACCGGACGAAUACGACUUCCUUGCAUCACUGUCGACAUCACCAACGCGAACGAUUCGAUAUGAGGACCUUGAUUCGGCGGGAGUGUCACAGGCAUUGCUUGAAGGGCUCACGCUUUGGGAUACGGAUCCAAAUAGCGAUCCAGCGAAAUCGAACGCCGAAGAGGAGGGAUCUGAUCCGACGAAAGACGCGGUGGUUGAGGAGCCAGAGGGAGGUGUAUCCAGAUCUGGGCCCGUGGAAGAUUCUGCCGAUUUAAUGAUGCCCGCGUCAACAGUCAUGGUAGAAGGGAUAGACGGUAGUCACUGGACUACGGAGGGCGCUGCAGGGGAAGAAGAGGCUGUGGAAAUGAUGUUAAUGUGA